UCAACUUCAACUGUCAACCCAAGUCCGAGUAUAUAAUUUGUCAACCGUUGUCAAUCAAUCGCUCAAGGGGUGCGUUUUGCCGUGCGUGUUAGCCGAGUUCAUCUAAUUUUCUUCUUACGGCCUUAGAAAUACUUCAUAGUUAAAUAAUGGCCAUGGCAAUGCGCAGCUUUUUGAGGGGAGUGGGGCUCCAGGUCCGCACAUACGCCGCCAAGGCACCCAAAGAGGCUCCCAAGGAGGGAGAAAUGGCUCUCACAUUCGCUGCCGGCAACAAGGUGUUCUACAACCAGGUGGUUGUGAAGCAGGUUGAUGUCCCAUCAUUCAGCGGAGCUUUUGGUAUCCUUCCCAAACAUGUGCCCACACUUGCUGUUCUCAAACCCGGCGUAGUUACAGUCACAGAGAAUGACGGCAAACAGACCAAAAUCUUUGUGUCCUCCGGCACCAUCACUGUAAACGAUGACUCUUCCGUUCAGGUGCUAGCGGAGGAGGCGCACCCCCUCGAGAGCCUGGACCGCGCCGCGGCGCAGGACGCGCUCAGCAAAGCGCAAUCCGCAAUGAGCUCUGCUGCCAACGAUAAGGCUAAGGCGGAGGCGGCGAUCGCAGUGGAAGUCGCCGAGGAGAUCGUAAAGGCGGCCACAGCCUAAGAUAUCACUGCCACCGUUAGUCUAACAACUAUUUAAUUAUAAACUACUAUGUAUAAAUAAAUAUACCAUCUCUGUAGAA